UCAUCACACAGCAAGUCUCUUGUUUUCGAUUUCACGAUUUCCAGUUUCAUGGCAUAGCAUCUUUCGGAGUUCUAGCAUUUCAUCCAUUUUUUAUUUUUAUUUUCACUUAUUUACAUCUUGUCACCAUGAAGCUCACUACUCCUCUCCUCCCAAUCCUCCUCCAAACCAUCACCACCAUCGCCGCCCCGGCAGGAUCAUCGAGCGAAGCGCUCAUAUCCCGCGACCUCAAACUGCCCCAGGACUACGGAAAGAGCUGUCGCACGACACAACUAGGCAACGGCCUCCGAGACGCCACAAACGUUUUCCGCACAGGCUUCGAAGACGUUCGGACCAUGGUGCUCGGAGCAAUGGAACUCAGCCCAACGGCCCACAACAACUGGUUCCAAAACUGGCUACCGAUAGCUGACUACCACCUCUUCCUGAAACUUUGCGCGAGCGUCAACGAGUACGUCCUCCCGCAAUCCGAAUUCGGCACUAUCUUCGUCGACUGCGAGGCCCCGACACCCGCGUGCGACAGCUUGAAAGAGCCCGACCACACAACAUCCCGCCUCGCCGCCACGAACCCGGAGAAUAACUUCCUCUACGCCUGCACCAAGAUCUUCGAUCCCGCGCACGCCGAGUACCGGCGGCCACUCAGUUCUCUCCCCGCGUGCCCGGAUCAGGGUGAUGGAGUACCUAGCAUUAGCAAUUGGCAGGUUCUCGGGACCACGCUUGCGAGGGAGAUCGCGCACACUUCGGCGUUGAUAAGGAGGAUGGGGCCGCCGUAUCUCUUCACGGAUAAACAGCUCCAUGCUAAGAUUGAUAGGUUUGGGUGGAUGGUUACGCAUGCCUAUUUUCAGUGGAAGUGUGGGUAUGGGAUUCCUAUUGGGGAUGAUAAGUGGGAGUACAAGAAGGAUUUGGCGAAUAUAGAGGAGGUUUUCCGUCCUUAGGGUUAAUUUUUUCUUUUGCUUUCGUUUUAUUGUAAUGUAGUGCAUUUUCAUUCCUUUUUCUUUUCAUUGGGUUGCAUAUGGGUCGCAUUUUUCUUGUCGGCAUUUACACCUCGAAUUUUCAUCACGAUCUUUGAUGCUUUUACUUCAUGUCAUUGUUAACUCUUGCGCUCACUACUUCAUUAAUUUUGUACUUUACCAUCUCU